UUACAUGUCAUUAUUAUCAUUCUGUCAUUGUGAAAAAAAAGGCGAAGCCGUGGUUUCUACGAAUGAAAAAGUGAAAAUUUUCAUUCUUUUCCCGUUAAUACCAACAUUUUUCGCUUACCAAAAUAAUUAUUAGUGUUAAAUUGUGUUCACCAAAAAAUAAAUGAAAUGUAUGGACGCGGGAAAAGUGAUGGAAGGAGUCAAAACGGGUCCAAAAAUUACUCUGCUCGUUCGACAGCCGGCGGUGGUGGCGGAGGCUCAUCCACCUUGAUGGCUCCCGUGAAAAACUAUCAAACAGUUCCCUCGGAUUCGGGAUUAAUCGGCUCAAGUGGAGGAGCAAUGCUUGAAGGCGAGUGGAGCUCGCUAAAUCCCAGUCUGUAUCAAAACAUGUCCAACGAGCAGGUUGACUGGGCUGCUCUGGCUCAGCAGUGGAUUCAGAUGAAGGAAACCCUUCCCGCAGAUAUGGUCCCAGCCGCUCCUCCACCUCCCAUUAUUUCGGAGAGCUACGGUUCCAAUAGUAGGGAUUCACUGCCAGACGGUAAUCUCACGCGAUCAGUAGAGGAGCAAGGCGAAGCGCCGAUGGAGGUGGAACGCGAUGAAGAUCAUACAUCGAUGGCCCAGCAUUCGGCAAAUCCGUGGGAUAAUGGAUCAGUUUCUUGGCAAUAUCCUGCACAAUCCCAGUGGCGAAACCAAGCGUGGGAUCAGAACUGGUCAUCUGGGGCUUCUGACGCAAACAAAAACUAUGAUGCGAGCUCCUUCGCAGCUUCGACGAUCAAUCCGAAUGCUUCCCUCGCUGUUGCCAAUUGGCAGGCAAAGAUGGCACGGAUUUAUAAACUGGGAGACGCCUCGGAAGGUUCGAAUGCUAUCGCUGGAACGGUUCAACCUAUCGGUCAGUCCUCCAGUCAGCACGAUUCAUCGGCUCCACCAAAGCGAAUCCCUGGUCUCAUGGAUCAGGUGAUAAAGUUUGACCACCAUUCGGAUGGUGUAGGCGAUCAAGGUGAUCCGGAAGACGAUCCAACGCAAACCCUGAACGAUGCCAAGCGUAAACUUCUGCCGGCUUGGAUACGCGAGGGGCUGGAAAAGAUGGAACGCGAAAAGCAAAGGCAAGCAGAAAAGGAACGAGAGCAGCAACAACGGGCCGAGAUGCUGCAGCAGAGAAGACAGGCUGAGUUGGAAGCUCUAAACGAAUUGGAAGCCGCCAAAAGGAAAAGCAAAUUUGAAUCCGAUUCCGAUGACGACGAUACGGGAAAUGAUGAUCAACCUGAAGCGGAACGGCGAGGAGAAGAUAGCCCUGUACCUACUCGCUCACGGGAAGAAAUUCUACAAGAACUGAUGAUUGCCGUUCGCAAAAAUCUAACUGAAAUCCUACUGGAGGUGACAAAUGAAGAAAUCGCUCUUGUGGCAAAAGAAACCCUUAAUAAAACACGGAGGAAAGCACCAACAGCUCAAGCGCUACGAAAGACCGGUCUCGCAACUCUCACUGGUGGACUUGGUCUAGGCAUAUAUGGCGACAGUGACGAGGAGGACGACAGCGCUUCGGAUAACGAUCGUGACGACGAUGGUAACAGUGAAGACGAUGAGGAAGCUGAAAGAGCUUUGAAGAGUUCUAUUAAGCUGCGGCAGAAGGAAUUUGAAUGGACUGCGCGUGAGAUUGAGGAGGAAAUUGCUAAGGAAGAAGCCGCAGAGGAACGCAAAAAACGAGAAUAUGAACAAAUGAUGCGCCAACAGAGUCAACAGAACAACGCCAGCGACGAAGAGGACUAUGCCGGCAGUAGUAAUCGUGCUGGAUUGGGACAUCCCCAGGCAGCGGUUGCGGGAACCAGUGGUGGUAAAUUUGGACCAAGAGACGGUGAGACCCAGCCUGUUAAUGAUAAACUAUAUGCCUACAAGCUCGGGCGAACACGUGAUAAGCGAAUUUCAAGGUUUAGCGACCCGAAAGAUACCGUUCGUCAAACCCACAUAACGCAUGUGGCGAUCGUUAACCACAAACCAGGUGAAGUUGUACCCCCUUUGGCCGUUUCCAAGGCUAGCCAAGUACCUCCGUCUGCCGUGAAUAGUACUGUGGUUUCACCGCCAGUGGUCGAUCCAACAUCAACGCCCCUUUUUCCUGCAGCCAUAGCCGCGGCAAGGCAUCUGGAAGAUAUUCGACGAGGUAGCAGUGUUGUUUCAGAGACACCAUCUAAUGCCUCUAGCAGUCGGGCAUCAUCCUCGCGACGUGAAACGGAAACCCGCAAAGCGUCGCAUAAAUCGCAUAAAAGUAAAAAACGUAAACGGUCUCGUCGCAGUCGCAGCGACGACGAUGAUGACGACUACUACGAUAACGACGAUGAUCGGUAUUCGCAGCAUUCGCGUAGAUCGCGUAGUUCCGAAAAAAGCAGCUAUUCGCGACGGCGUAGAUCUUACUCAAGAGACUCCCGAGACGACGACCGAGAUCGUAAGUAUUCGUAUAAAUCGCGCGAUCGUUCUCGAUCCAGAUCUCGCGAUCGGUACAAAUCAUCAAGAAGACGAUCUCGGAGUCGUUCCCGGUCUCCAUCUAGGCGAAGGUAUUAGAAGCGUUUUCUGGUUUGGAAUAUUAACUCCCUGAUUACCGGUUUGUUCAAAUCAAACACCAUGUAUCCAAAUACCCAACGGUAUCAUGAAUGUCAGUCGUAAAUUACUCCCGGGUUUCGUUGAUUUUCCAACGCGUGUUGUAAAUUAUUAACUCGAUCGAGACAUUUAGCAAAUAUUGUUUAUCAUAUGCAGUGAAAGUGGAAUGGAUUAUAAUUAGAAUGAGAUACGCGAAUGAAAUGCUGUUAUUGAAUCAAGCAGAACAGCCAAUAAUGUCGACAACAUAACGGUUAAUAUUAGUUGAUGUAGUUUCGGUAAGGAUGCAUCACCAAUAUAAACUACAGAUUUAAAUUGUGAAAUAGAACAGAUAUAUUCAAAUGAACCACUACUGCACUGCUGAAAAAAUGCGGUAAAAAUAGCAAUUCUAGAUGCAUGCUGAUCAAGUAUGCUCGCACGAUAUUUCAGUUAUAUCAAUCUAUUACUCGUCGAACAAGAGAAAUAUACAUUUCCUUUUCUUCCAUAGUGCAAA